UUUGAUUCUUGAUUACCCCACACCGUUUAAAGUUGUAGCAAAUUCAUUCCAGUUCCGUUUUCAAAAUGUUUAAAUUCGCAUCGCAAAUUGAAUAAACGGUGGACGUUCAUAGUCAUUAACUGUACAUAUACUCAAUGGUUGCAUUACCCCCAUGGGUGUCACACAGUUUUACAUUACUUUUAGCGUUUUAUUCUGCCAGGGUGUAACAUACGAAAACAUUGGAUUAAAUAAAUCAACAUGGCAGCAGUCUCCCUACCAUAUUAAAGAAUGGGGAGCAGUGCGUGCUGUAGACGGUCUCUAUUCAGACCUGACUGCUACUGGAGGACAAUGUGUGAUAUCAGGCAAUGGAAAAUCAACCGCAGAGUGGCGGGUGGACCUUGGAAGAAUACACAUAAUCCAUCAUAUUGUUAUAUAUUAUAGAGCGGAACAUAUAUAUUCGGAUAUGAUCAACGCGUAUGCCUCAAGAUUUUUGGGAUUCUCGGUGUACGUAUCAAACACCACUGACAAAUACGAUGGAAUUCUUUGCUUCAUGGACAGAAACUUCACAAUAGAAACAAUACCUAACCCGAUGAACAUUAUAUGCCCAAACCAGGAAAGCGGAAGAUACGUUAUAUACUACAACAAUAGGACGCAUCCUCCUUAUCCUGAUGGUUAUUCUACCUAUGCUUACAACGAGCUUUGUGAGAUGGAAGUUUUAUCUUGUGCUGUAGGUACAUAUGGAUUCGAAUGUAAGGAAACUUGCGGUAACUGUCGUGAUAUUAGCAAGUGUUUAAAUACUAAUGGGACGUGCCUAGGAGGAUGUAAAGAUGGCUUUCAUGGAUACUUGUGCAAAUCACCUUGUAGCACAGGAUCAUAUGGUAUCGAUUGCAAAGAAAAAUGCGGCAACUGUCUUGAUGUUUACAAGUGUUCACUUUCUAACGGAACGUGCUUAACUGGAUGCGUCGCGGGUUAUCAUGGGAAUUUGUGUAAAACACCAUGUACGUUAGGUUCGUAUGGACUGGAAUGCAGAGGCACAUGUGGUAACUGUCAUAUGUGUUCAAAUGCAAAUGGUUCCUGCUUAACUGCGUGUGAUGCUGGAUACUUGGGAGAAAUGUGUAAAACGCCUUGCGGACGAGGAUUCUUUGGGAAAAACUGUACCCAUACAUGUAUUGAAACAUGUAAUGGAUGCAACAACGUCAAUGGUUUGUGUGAUUCUGGUUGUCUCUUGGGAUGGAAGGGAUAUUUUUGCAGUGAACUUUACGGAUGUUCUCCAAAAGGAUAUUUCGGAUCCAACUGUAGCAUCCCCUGUCCAGAUGUCAAUUGUCAGGAGUGUCACAUGGAGUCCGGCAUCUGUCAUGUUUGUAAACAGGGAUACAAAGGCCAACGAUGUGAAACUGACUUCAUAAAUAACAUCAAGUUCUACAGUCUUCUCGGCGCCUUUUGUCUCUCUCUUACUGUCAUUGGAAUUCUAAUUGGUUAUAAUAUAAUGAUACGGAAGAGACAGCUAACACAGCAUCAACCAUACGAUCAUCAAGAAUCAUGUGAUGCCAACCUUCCAGAUGUUUCUAGAGGAUAUGUUAAUUGUGAGGAGCUAAGGGACAUGCAAAUGUACGAUACAGCUCAGUAAAUGAUAGUAGAUCGUUCCUAUCUUUUUGUCAAUUAUUCUUACAUUAGAAAGAAAGAAUCAAACAUUCUCUAUUUUAUUUUGUAAAUAUCUUGUAUAUCAUUUAGUUUCGGGAAUAUUUUUGUUUUUAUAUCUUGCCUUAUCUAGUACUUUCAAUUAUUUUUCAUCAGUUGAUAAACUGUUAAUCAAAGUACUGAUAGUACUGAAAAACGCUAACCCAGCUUCUGUAUGUAUAUGGGUCAUUAUCAAAAUAUGCAGCCUUUUGCGCCAGUGUCAAUUUCAAGGGGGGAAAAUAAUGCUCUGGGGAAUAUAUACAGUACCAUUGGAUUUUAGAAACUUAAACCUAUAUUGUUGAACAAAUAAAUUGACAAUUUUACUGCUUAAAGUAUAAAAAAAAUAUUAUUUGUUAUGAGAUUUCAGUGAAUUUAUGUUGUCAUUA